GCCCACUCAAGUCAUUUGACUCCGCCUCCUUUACGUCCGCUUCGAUGUAGGAGAAGAGCAGAAACUUUAGCGCUUGUAACAGGAGCACAUAACAAAUGUUCGAUAUAUCACAGAAAGCAGAAUUGGCCAAAAAUGACUUCUGAUCCUGUCGACCCGUAUAUCUUCACUUCUGACACUUUGCCCUCCGACCCUCGCUUCAUGCCACCGCUGGCCAACGGGCUGCUGGGAUGGAGAGUGUUUGAUCCAGUUAUGCAUAUGGGCGGGGUUUAUAAUGGUGAAGGCGGGACUUGUCACCGCGGCAACAUUCCCUGUCCUCUGGCAGUUCAAAUGAAGACGGCAGAAGUGGGACAACACACGUACAAGUUAGACAUGCAGUCAGGUGUUUUCUCUCAUACCGUGGUCACGCCUCGGUUUGAGGCCGCUCAGGUUUUGUAUGCUCACCGGCAGCAAUCAAACCUCCUGGUCAUGGAGGUUCUCCUCAAACGCUCUGACACCAGUGCUGAACCAAUCACGAUUCAGCUAGAAAGUUCUUUCAAACCCCAAAGUGAUGACAUUGUUUUCCAGAAUGCACCGGACUACAAGGGUGGGAGGCAUAUUUUUGGACAGACCGUCUCGUCUGAGGUUCCUGGAGGAAUCCGUCCAUUUGUGCACCUGAUAUGGACCCCCAUCGCAUCCACUCUUACCCUUCCACCUGACCAGAGCCAGUCCAGCUGGGUUUUCCUGGUUGCCGUUGCUGGCAGCGAUGAGAGCGUCCGGUCGUGUUAUGAUACCGGUUUGGGGCUUAUUGAUACUGGUGACUUACGUCCCUCCCACCUGAAGAACUGGGCGGAGCUUUGGAAGGGGAGCAGCAUAGAGGUGCAGGGAUCAGAGAGCCUGAACCGUGCGUUGAUUGGCUGCAUGUUUUAUCUCCUCAGCUCGUUCUCAUCUUUAAGUGAAGAGGCAAAUGCAGCAUUUGAGUUUGGAGGCGUCAGUCCUGGAGGUUUGUCAAAUGGGAGUAAAGAGGAGGAUUACCAUGGCCAUGUGUUCUGGGAUCAGGACACAUGGAUGUACCCCGGAGUUGCCCUCUUUUAUCCCAGACUGGCCAGGGCUGUACUGAAAUAUCGUGUAGCAACGAUAGAAGGUGCCCGAGCAAACGCCCAGCAGAUGGGCUACAAGGGAUUGAAGUUUGCAUGGGAGAGCGCGGUAACAGGCCGUGAUGUUUGUCCAGAGGACAUUUACGCAGAGCAGGAGCUGCACAUCAAUGGAGACGUGGUGCUGGCUUUCCAACAAUACUUUUAUCUCACACAGGACCUGGGAAUGUUCAAGGAAGGACGAGGCAGUGAGGUGGUGUGGGGCAUCGCUGACUACUGGGUUUCACGGGUGACGUGGGACCCUACUGACCAGAAGUACCAUAUCAAAGGUGUGAUUCCUCCUGAUGAGUAUUACUUCACUGUUGACAACUCAGUGUUCACCAAUGCUGUCGCCCAACGCAGUCUUCAGUUUGCCAUCGAGUUGUCCGGUCUGUUAGCGCACACGCCUCCUCCCGCUUGGCAGGACGUUGCUGAUAAGAUCAAAAUUCCCUUUGACCCGGAACUGAAGUAUCACCCAGAGUUUGACGGCUACAAGCAAGGAAAUAAGGUCAAGCAGGCAGACGUAGUGUUGCUCGGAUACCCGCUGGCCAUGUCCAUGACCCCAGAGGUCAGACACAAUGAUCUGAAAACAUAUGAGGCCGUCACGGAUCCACUCGGACCGGCCAUGACAUGGGGCAUGUUUGCGUUGGGUUGGCUUGAACUUGGAGAGCCUGAAAAAGCCCAAAAGCUUCUGCAGAAAUGCUUCAAAAAUAUCCAAAAACCAUUUCAGGUAUGGAGUGAGGCGGCUGAUGGCUCUGGGUGUGUGAACUUCCUCACCGGUAUGGGCGGCUUUCUGCAGGCGGUGAUGUUUGGCUACACUGGCUUCAGAGUGCAGAAGGAGCAUCUUGCCUUCGCUCCGUUGCUACCACAGGAAGUUGAAGCUCUCAGCGUGAAAGGUGUGAGUUAUCUUGGCAACAAGAUGGACUGGUCGAUAAAGAGUGCAGAAGUGAGCGUUUUAGUGAGGAAGCCUACAGAGGGGUCUGGGAGUCAGGAGCCGUCUACUCUUAAAGUUGUCUUGAAUAGUGGAACUACAAUCCCACUUAUUCCAGGACAGUCAGUGACAUUUCCUCGGGAGCCGGGUCAGAUCCGUAAAGUGAAUUCCAGUUCUUACUGCUGGCCUCUAUGAUGAUCCACAACCAAAAACACUUCAUCAAGACUCGAAUAAAAUAUUUCUACUUCAUACCUUUUAUAUUACAAAAAUACUACAUUUUACUGUAAUAAUGUACUGUAAUAAUGCAAAAUAUAUGAAUUAUUAUUGUUACAUGAAUCACAGUAUACUCUAGAAAAAGUAUUUAUAAUAAAAGAUUUUAAAAAGUAAUUUU